AUGGAUGUCAUUAAAAGCUCCACCAAAGUGGUUGCACAUGAGUGCAGAACCUUAUGCAGAAAGAGCACUCAGUCACUUCUAAUGCUGAAAACUCAUGAUGACAUUAUGAAUUUCACAUGGGAAAAGUUUUACCAUGAACUUACAGCCAGGUGCCCAGGACUUUGUUCCAUUUUGUCAGCAAUUGUGAGUGAUGUGCCAAUACAAGCAACCAGCAAGGCAUUCCGCCACAUGUUGAUGACAGCAGCAGUUGGUCUUCAUGGUAGAUCCCAAGACAUGUCAGCCCUCCAGUACAUAUCAGGCUUUCUUCUCACCCAUGGUGGUUGUACUCAGAAGGCUAUUCAGAGGCUGUCACAGAUAGGAUUCACUAUGCAUCCAGUUACAUUACAUCAGAAGCUGCUUUCUUGGGAAAGUGAGCUUAGCUCAGAGAUCAAGGAUAUGAAGAAUGAAUGGGCUGCUGGAGGACAGAAGAAGUAUCAACUGAUUGGUGACAAUUGGGAUAAAAACAUUCUGCCAUCCUACAGGACCUCGGACAGGAAAACUGUAUCACUUCAUCUGUUUAACAUGUAUGCCAUUGUUGACAGAAUCUGCCCACAGCCAUCUGCAUCCUAUACAAAAGUUAUAAAUGCCAUUGAUUUGGACUGUUUGACCUUUAUACCAUCAAAGGAAGAGCAGGCUUUGCUUCUGAGAGAGAUGACAUUCCUGUUUUCAACAUCAGUCAUUGCUAAUCACCCUGAGCUGAACAGCAAGUUUGGAAAAAUCUUCCCUCAGCAUCUACCACAUGAAUACAGUCACCUAGCAGGAAUCAAGACAAGCCAGUAUCCACUUGGGCUUUUUGACUGUAAUGAAAACAAGACACAGGAUGUCAUAAAGCUCUUGACUGAUCUCACCGAAGAGUAUGUGCCAUUCGCCGAUGGAGAAAUAGUGGAAUCAGUAUUUCUGGGAGGUGACAGACUUACUGAUGAAAGGGUUCAGUGCGCUCAACAGUCUGUAGGAAAUGGAUUAACACCGAAAGACAGACUUGAAGGAUUCAUCUCAAAGAUAGAGGAUUUUCACAGACUGAUGAAUUUACUCGAGGCAAUACACAAGAUGAGUUACAGCACAAAAAGUGGAAAUGACAAGGGAACUGUGUAUUUCUUCAGGAACCUGCUGAACAUGAGAAAUGUAAAGGGAGAUGUGAAAAAUGCUUAUCGGCCCUUUAAAAUAUUGUAUUACAUCAUCUUGGAUGCAAUAUGCUUGCUGCUGUUCUUACACCAUUUGCAUUUGGAUGACCCUGACACCAAGAUAAGCUUUCCUGACAACUUCACUGACCUGUCAGCAGGGGAAAGGGUACAGUGGCUGAAUGAUAUCUCAGAGGAAAUCAUUAAAGAGUGGUUUUUUGAAGAUUCAGAGGACAUUUGUGAAUCUCUGAGAAGGGUUCUUUCAAAUCCUGAACAUCAGGAAAACUACUGGGUGUCAAACCUUGAUGAAGGCCGUGUCAAGUGUCAUUUUUGUGAAAAGACAUAUGCAUAUAUUGGGUCACUUAAGGCACAUGAAGCAAAGUUUCACAAUGUGAACAUUCAGAAAAAGAAACCAAAAAGCAAAACCAAGAAAUCAGAUCAGUUGAAAGACCAUCUUUUAAUGGUGUUUAAGCUGACAAUGCUUCACAAGAACUUAGACCAAGCUGUUGACAUGGCUGAUGGUUGUCGAUCUGUUCGCUCCGCAAAGUAUGAACUUCCAUUGUACAACAAGACAAACAAGGUGAAAUAUGUCAUCGGUUCGGUACAUUUAACUGCCCUUACUUCAGGCACUUUGCCAGCAGAACAGAGCGAGCGACUUGUCGCUAAUCGAUUUGUGAAUUUGCAAGGGGGAAAAAACAACAACAUUGCUCUUGAUGAGUACUUGGAAAUGCUAAAUCGGGACAGCAAAAUUGCAUGUUCCGGCCACAAGACCAAAGAGAGUAUCAUUCAGCAUUCCAAGGAGUACCCACAUCUUACCCAGUCUGUGCGGAAUUUUGAAGACAUUUGCAAUCUGAAACAGAGGAAGGGAUUUCAUCACUUGCCAAACUAUGGUGCCGAUGUACACAAGGUACUGAGUGAACUGAGACAAUUAGAUGUGCUCACAACGAAACCUGAGCGUUCACUCCACUGCAAGGAUCUGUGUAGUGACAGGAAUCCAUUUGCCAACAGUGAAUCAAAUCUGUCUACCAUGAUACAUCGUCACAAACCAACAGUCCCCUUUGCACGUCUCCGCAACAAGCAUAUUUGAUUGUGAAACAAGCUGUGAUAUUAAUUCACCGGGGAUAUGUGAUGUGUGCUCACUUUUGACUUGUUAUUCAAGUUCACUGAUGUUCAAAGCAUUACAUUCAACAUCAUAAUAGUGUUGAACACUCUGAUAAGCCUUUUUGUGCCAGAAUAUUAUAAGGCAAUAUUAACUGCAUGUCCAAAUGUUUAUUGCAAUAGAAAGUUUAAAAGCUUGAUUGUAAUUUCCAACAGGUGUGUAUGUAUCUUUAGAGUAACUGUUAAUCACAAUCACCAUCUCGAUAUUCUCAAAUUUAAACUAGUAACUCUUCAGGUUAGAUUUAGUUAUUAUUUCUAAAAAUAUGUUAUAGAACAAAGAGAGGUAAAUCAUGUGGAUGGUAAUAUUUUAAUAUCCUUGAUCAAACAUCUUGACAUUUACAUUGACAAUAAUCCUGUGUAAAUGGGAGUUAAGAUCAUCUUUGUGCUAAGACCGAUUUGAGGCUGUGUUACAGCAUGGGAGUUAAGAUCGUAUUUGUGCUAAGACCGUUUUAAGGCUGUGUUACAGCAUGGGAGUUAAGAUCAUCUUUGUGCUAAGACCGAUUUGAGGCUGUGUUACAGCAUGGGAGUUAAGAUCGUAUUUGUGCUAAGACCGUUUUAAGGCUGUGUUACAGCAUGGGAGUUAAGAUCGUAUUUGUGCUAAGACCGUUUUAAGGCUGUGUUACAGCAUGGGAGUUAAGAUCAUCUUUGUGCUAAGAUCGUUUUGAGGCUGUGUUACAGCAUGGGAGUUAAGAUCAUCUUUGUGCUAAGACCGAUUUGAGGCUGUGUUACAGCAUGGGAGUUAAGAUCGUAUUUGUGCUAAGACCGUUUUAAGGCUGUGUUACAGCAUGGGAGUUAAGAUUGUAUUUGUGCUAAGACCGUUUUGAGGCUGUGUUACAGCAUGGGAGUUAAGAUCAUCUUUGUGCUAAGACCGAUUUGAGGCUGUGUUACAGCAUGGGAGUUAAGAUCGUAUUUGUGCUAAGACCGAUUUGAGGCUGUGUUACAGCAUGGGAGUUAAGAUCGUAUUUGUGCUAAGACCGUUUUAAGGCUGUGUUACAGCAUGGGAGUUAAGAUUGUAUUUGUGCUAAGACCGUUUUGAGGCUGUGUUACAGCAUGGGAGUUAAGAUCAUCUUUGUGCUAAGACCGAUU